GACAGCGACGAGGCACGUCUCAGGCUCUCUCUCUCUGCGGGUAGUAGGAGCAGCAGCAGCAGAAGCACGAACACCGUGUGGCCGCGUGGCAGUGUGUGUGCCACUGAGCUGCUGUUUUGAUGCGUGUGUUGUCGGCUUGUCUGUCAUCGGUUCUCUAUCGACCAGUUCAGCUAAUCUAAAUGGCCGGAUUGAAAGCCUGCCUGUUGCGGACUCGGCUUGUCAGCUCUGUUUUCAGUAGUUUGAUACCUAGCGCAUACGGGAAUAGGACUGCAAACUACUCCGCGGAAUAAGCGUGCCCUCUAGCUACACGUAGCUAACUCUCCGCUUUCCCUCAAAUAUUUGGAAGCAUUUUUCGAAUGCGAAUACGCUCGGUCGAGUGCUCCUCUCAGUACUGCAGUGCCAAGCAGUUGCCAUAACAGCGGAACGCGUGAGGUCAAAGGCCAACUGUUGAACUUUCAUACUUCCUGAGCGGCGAGGUAACCCCGACGUGUGGUCGUGUCUCUCACAACAAGGAGCGCUUGUACUUGUAGCUGCGCACGAGACCAGGAAGUGUGUUACUGCCUUCGUAGGUUCAGUAAACCCUCCCAAAAGAGAUGAGGCUGGAUUCAACUUCCCUGCGAUCAAUCGUCUUCCUCGCAGCGGAGGUUGCAGUGGUCCUGUUAGCCAUCUCGGAGAUCGCUAGCGCUAUCACUGGUGCUACACUUACGACCGCAAGUGAGGCAUCACGCCGCCGUUGUCCCAAGGAGUGUAAGCAAUGGCUGAACAAACGAAUUACCAGAUCUCUAUCGGACUUCUCGGCAACGCUGGACACCAGCCUGCGCGGCCCACCCGGACCUACCGGCCAGGUUGGGUCGCGAGGACCGAUGGGAUUUCCUGGCGCACAGGGACCUAGAGGCUGGCAGGGAGAACGAGGCAUUGCGGGUCGAUCAGGCCGCCCCGGAGCAGAUGGAUUCCCAGGAUACAACGGCGCUCCUGGUACCAUCGGACCGCCGGGCCAGCGAGGUCAGCGUGGUGAAAAAGGCAAUUCUGGUGAUAAAGGAGAUCUUGGUGACAUUGGACCACUGGGACCAAAGGGGAUGAAAGGCGAACGAGGCAAGCCCGGGCAAGCGUUCUCACUACCGCAUUGCAGAGAAGGCCAAUAUCUUUCAUCCAAUGGAGCCUAUCUCAUCUGCCUGGACUUUCCCCAUCGACCUUGUGAUUGUCCACCUCAAGCACAACCAGAUACAUCACCUGAACAAGACCGUGAGAGUCAAGCAAAGGGCGAUGCACUCGUGACGGAUGUGCAGCCUACUAAUCAGGCUGAUGUAGCUGUUCUGCCAUCGGUCCAGCCCGCCAACAAUCCAUCUCACAGUCCUGGUAUGAUCCUGAGUAAUGCCACCACAGAUAUGGGCAUGUUGGGAGCAGUUUGACUUGCCGCACAAACAAUAUGUGGCUUGGAUCAUCAUAAUGAAUGUACUAAUGUUCUGAAUGCUCGGUGUGAGCAUACUAAACGCAAAUCCUAUCAUAGGCCUCGACACAGCAUUAGUAUUUGUUUUAUCGUAUCAAGGCUCCCACUGUAAUCUUUCUAAAAUUCCUCCAGCUAUUGUCAGCCGAUAGCGGCGAGGCCCAAGAACUGAACCAAUGCACUGAAAUGUACUGUACAUGUACACGCAUGCAUGGAUGCUAGGCUAGACUAGAGGCUGUGUAGUUUGACAUUUUAAUGCUUUGGAUCCGGAUGUUGGAUCUCCCUUUACACACCGAACACCUUACACGUGUUUGUAACUUGUACACCCAUCACCAUUCACCAGACUCAAGGAGUGGAUUCCCAAGCAAGUAGCACGGGACAAUUACUGCUUGCCUAUAGACUUGCCCAGCCUUCUCCUUCAGUUAUUUGAAUCAGAGCUCGGAGACACCAGUAAACAGCAUUCAGCUAGCAGCAGUGUCCAUCCAAGAACAUUGCCAUUUUCUCUAUUUUUGGGCAAUUUUUUGAGUAUUUUUGCGUAUUUUC